AUGAAAAGGCAAGUGAGUCCUACCAUCAACUUCAAGGGCAAGGACUUGAGGAAAUCAUUUUCUGCAUACCGCGAGGUAAGGAUGAACAAGAACAUCAGCAUUGCAGUUGAAGAGGACAAGAGUGCUACUUCAUCAGCUAUGGUAAAGUCUAGAAAGGCCUUCUUUUUCAAAAAGUUUGGCUUUCCGGUAAGUUACCUGAUUUUGAAGGAUUGUCCGUAUGCUUACUAUGUUCAUUGUUUAGCACAUAGAUUGCAAUUGGCUUUAGUAGCAGCAUCGAGAGAAGUUAUUCCUAUUCAAAAGUUUUUUACUAAAUUGACUUUUAUUGUCAAUAUUCUUGGUGCUUCAUGCAAGCGUAAUGAUGAAUUUCAAAGUGCUCAAGCAGAAGAGAUUGCAUAUUUGACUUCAAUUGAUGAACUUGAGACUGGAAGAGGACUUAACCAAAUUGGAACCUUGCAGCGUGCUGGAGAUACUCGUUGGAGUUCGCACUUCAGAUCUAUUUCUAGUUUGAGACAAAGGUUUAGCCCAACUUGUCAAGUUCUUAUGAACAUAAUUGAGGAAGGGAAGAGUCCUCAAGCAGGAGAUGCGGAUUCUGCUUAUGAAUCAAUGACAUCGUAUCAAUUUGUCUUCAUCUUACAUCUCAUGGAAGAAAUUAUGGAGAAUACUAAUGAACUUUGUCUAGCUCUGCAAAGUCAAUCUCAAGACAUUUUGAAUGCCAUGAAUCUUGUUUCCUCUACUAAAGCAUUCAUUCAAAAGUUGAGAGAUGAUGGAUGGGAUACUUUAUUUGCCAAGGUAAAUUCAUUUUGUGAGGCACGUAACAUAGAUAUCCCAGAUAUGAAUGCUCGUUAUGUUGGAAGAGGAGGUCGAGCUCGUCACCAACAAAAUGACUGGACAGUUCAGCAUUAUUACAAGGUAGAUAUAUUUUAUGCUGCCAUAGAUUCUCAAUUGCAAGAAUUGAAUAAUCGGUUUAAUGAGCAUGCUGUAGAGCUACUUAUUCUUAGUUCAGCUUUGGAUCCUAGAGAAAUAAGUAAGUGUUUCAAGAUUGAUGAUGUAUGUCAGUUGGUAGAAAAAUUCUAUCCACAUGACUUUGCAGAUCAUGAGAAACUACAACUCAAGAAACAACUUGAAUUUUUUGAGUAUGAUGUAGUUCAAGAUCAAGAGUUCAAAAGUAUUUCAAUUAUGUCUGAUUUAUCUCAGUGGUUAGUAAGAACUAGAAGAUCAACAAGGUAUCCACUUGUUUAUAGAGUGAUUGUGCUUGUGCUUACUCUUCCAGUGUCUACAGCAACUACAGAGCGAUCAUUUUCUGCUAUGCGUAUUGUCAAAACAAGGCUUCGUAACCGAAUGGAGAAUGACUUUCUUACAGACUCGUUAUUGAUGUACAUUGAGAAAGAAAUUGCAGAAAAAUUUACCAUCGACUCAAUAAUAGAUGACUUUCGAGACAUGCAAGAACGUCGAGUUAUGUUUUGA